UGUGCAGUGCAGCAGUAGUAUAUAGCUGGCCUCGGUCGCGGUUAGUCCGUUAGUUGGCUGGCGGCCGUCCUCUCAGAUAGUUCUCUCUCUACCAACCUGCUGCUGCUGCUCUUUUCCUUUUUCCUCCCCCCCUUUUUCUCUCUCUCUAUCUCUCUCUCUUUCCUUCUUCUCUUCCUGUACACACACAACUCACCUGUCUGUUUUCAACCCAAAAGUUUUUAAAAUUUCGACGUGAGUUUGUGCAAGUGAAACGUGCAAAAAUGUUUCUUUCGUGAAUGAGUUGAACGGUGCCAAAAGAGGAUUCGUGAAAAAUUUAAGACAAACAUUUUGGGGGAGAUUUUCACUAGAAGAUGAUGAUGAUGAUGAUUGAAAGACGAGUGUUUGGUGAGUGAUCGAUUAUACCACCCUAGCCUCUCUCUCUCUCUUACUCCCGACAGGGUAAUCCGCAUGGUGACGAGUCGUUGAACUCGUGAGAUCGUGCGGCCGGCCCCCAGAAAAAGAAGAAAAAAAGAAAAAAAACGACGUGCGGUGUGGUGGUCGUGGAUUUUUUGUUUUUUUUUUUCGUGAGAGAAGAAAAAAGAGACAAGAAAAAAUGGCCGGAUCGGAUGGAGCCAUCCUGUUGACGACGGCCAGGUGGAGUGGCAGCAGCGGCGGACAGAGUUCUGGCUCUUGCGGGCAGCAGACGGACGAGUCGCCGCACGUUUACCUGCACGACGUCGUCAAGUCGGGCGAAUUGCCGCAACUGGUCCGCAUCGUCAAGGGCUCCUACCUGGGCCUGGGCGCACCCUCUUUGCCCAAUCCGUCUCUGUCGUCGACGGCCCUGGUGGCCUCGGCCGGCGCCAGUCUCCGGCUGGCCGUCCAGUGCCUCAAAUUCAAAGACAACCACAAGACGGUCAACGUCGGACCCAAAUUGGCCAUACCCGAAACCUUCGACGGCUACUUUGAAAUUCUCAACGAGGACGGGCGGGCCGUCAGGGGCAUCGAGUCGGUGACCGAGCUGGCCCGCAAGUUCCCCGACUCCUGCCUCGUCCGUCAGAACCUCAAAGUCUUUUACCAGCAGUCGACAGAGGCCAACACGCACAAGUCGACCGACGGCCAGCACGUCAACAUCACCGAGCGCUCGCGGACUCUAACGGCCGGCGAGCUGCUCGUGUUGGUGGGCGAAGUGACGGGCAGCGGCGGCAGUUUGUCGUCGUCUCCUUCCUCCUCCAUCUCGUCCGGCCAGCGCUUCCUGCACUGCCUGGACUCGAGGGGCGACCACGUCUACCUGCCGCUGGACAUGCGGGCAAAGUUCAGCGUCGUGGCCAAGGAGGACAACCAGCAAGGCAUCAGCGGCGUCCACCGGAUCCGGGCGCUGCUCAACAAGCGGCUGCCGCUGACCGUGCGGAUGGUGUCGGGCAGCCCUCCGGCCGGCCUGAAAAUCGGCCAGCAAUUCUGCUACGAGAUGAGGCUGCUGGCCAGUUUCCGCGAGGAGAUGAUCGUGGCCAUGCCGCUGGGCGUCAACCAAGGCAAGACGUCGCCAGACGGCCCGGGCGUUGUCAUCAUCCCGCCGUCCGUUUCGCUCAAGCUCCAGCUGCCCGUCAACCGGCAGAGCCUCAAGGCCUCCAAAGAGUUCGCCCGGAUGACGGAGCGCUGCCUCCACCAGUACGGACUUCUGUCGGAUCGCAUCCAAGUCUACGACGCCCAUUUCAGCAAGAACCUGCGCUUCGACGGCCAGCACUGGCGGGUGCCCGUUCCGCUUCUCUUGGCCCCGCUCCGGCGGAGCACGUCCGACCUCAUCCAGUCCAUCACCGGUCACGGCGGAAGCGGCAGCCACAAAAACAAGAAUUCCGGACUGCUGGAUAACUCGAUGAGCAACGGCCUGCAUCACUCGCUGACGGCGGAGCUGCCGGAAGGGGAGGAAGGCCUGGAUGCGGAUGAGGAGGAGCUUCCGGCCGAGUACGACGAGAUCGACCAGAUCUACGACUACAUCCGCGGCUUCGCUCCGCUGCCCAAGAAUUUGAAGACGACGACGUCGACGUCGACGUACGACAUUUUCAACGAAUCCAACCGCCUGGCCAGCGGCCGGAAGGCGGAGCAGCGCCGCAACCUCUACAACAAAGUCGUCAGCCAUAAAAACGGAUCCAACAACAACCCGAGUCAUCACAACAACCUACAACAACAACAACAGCCAACAAAGGCCAUCAAUCAACAAGUCAAGCCGGUCCCACCUCCGCUGGAGACGAUUCCCACCCACCGGAACCGGAUCAACAGCUACAGUAAAGAGGUCGCCAGCUGCCCGGCAGUGGGUGAGAAAGAGACGGACAACAACCUCAACUCGUCAUCGGCAGCGGCAGCGACGACGGUGACCAUCACGGUCAACUCGUCGCCGGAACCGGUGGCCAAGCCGCGGAUGUACCGGCAACGCAGCGCCCUGGCCAGCGGCGGGGUGGCUCCUUCGGUGUCGGCCGGCCAGAGACUGUACAGCAAGAAUCCGGCCGUCGUGAUCCAGCACCGUUCGCCGGGCAUGUUGAGUCCGGCCGAGAGCAAACAGUCGCUGACUCCGUCGCCGCUCUUCAACAUCCGAUACAAGUCCAUGACCAACCUCCUGCUGGCCAACUCGGCCGCCGACUCGGACACGCUGGGAUCCAGCCAGAGUGGCGGUCGUUGUUCGGGCGGAUCGGCGGGAUCGGCGGCCGUCCGCUCACCCCACCACCACCACCACAUUCCGGCCGGCAGUCAGCAGCGGCUGCACCAUUCCCAGCAACACCACCAACAACAUCAUUACAUGCGACAAGUUUCGGCCCCGCCCGUCUCUCAACACCGGCUGUUCCAGCUGCAUCGACCCCGUUCCCUCACUGACCUACUGUGGGGCCGGGCCAGCAGCAGCGACCAGCGCAACAACAACAACAACAACCGCUCGCACGGCAGCAGCAACAACGUCAAAUCGCCGCUAAAGAUCAACUUGCACCCGACGGUGGUGGCCGACGUGAUUCCCUCCAAUUCCAGCCGAACGUCCGGACUCAAACGGGAAAUUCCGGGCCGGCGCCGUCACUCCGGAUCCAACCACCACCUGCUCAAUACAGCCACCGGAAAUGGAUCCAGCAGCAGCCACACAACAACCAAGAAGCACACCAUCUUCUACCACCUGUAACAACAACAACAACAACAACACAACCACCUUCUGUAACAACAACAUUUUCUUGCCUGUGACCUUGUUUCUGCUCGCUAAUGUCCCUCUCCGUUUGCUUCCAUUUCCAGAUUUUUUUUGUUGUUUCCGGGUUCCAUUUUGAAAUUUUCUUUUUCUUAGCCCCCCCAAAAAAACCUUUAACGUUAAUAAUAUAACGAAUGCCACUAGAAUUUAAAAAAAUAAAUAAAAUAAAUUUACUACACAACAUUUGGCGGUCGUGAAUCGCCCGGAAGGUCGUGAAAAAUUUGGUUUCAUGUGGAUUCUUGUCCUGAUGUUGUUUCUUUUUCUUCUUCUGAAUUUCGUGUCAUGAGAGUCAACUUUUUUGUAGAUUAAAAAAAAAUGAAAAAGAAAAAAAGGGAAAGGAUCACAACCAGACGAUAGACAUUUUGUACUUAAUUUAAAAGAAUUAAAAAAGAGAAAAACGCGAACGUGUGUGUAAUAAAUAAUCUCGUUGUGACUGUGUACCCACUUCCGCCCCUUAUUUUUCCAGAGAUUUUUUUUUUGUUCUUUUCGUUUGUUUGUUUGUUUCCCUGUUUAUUAAUUCGCCUGUUCCACCCUUGGGUUCUGUUUUGUAAUUUUUCUUUUUGCAAUUCGAAGAUAAAAUAAAUUCCGAUUUCGAUGUA